AUGGCAGAGGGGAAUGCAAACCCUCAAAAGAAAACUUACACCAACAAGAAUAUCAAGAAGUUAAGAACUGUCAGCUUGGUUUGUGGCUUGACGAGCAGUUGGCAGCGAUGGGUGUCCGACAAUGAGACCAAGCAAGCCAAAGAGCCAAGCGGAUGGGCGCCAUCUUGGCUCGAUCCGGACACAGAACCUAAAAAAACAUGGACGCCGAAGAAGAUCGAGGAAGACCAGACGACAGAAGAUGACAAGGAACGAGAUGGUAGCACUUUGGAUGGUAGUGUCGCGAUUGAAAGUUCGACAAAGACUUCAAACAAUAAGGGAGGUGGUGAAAUUGAAGAACCAAUCAAGACUAAAGAAGUGGAAAAGACUAUUACGAGUGCAGCUACGGAAAAAAGUAUUACAAUUGUGUCUGAUAAAGAAUUGUUGCCGUCAAACGAUCAGAUCGACAAACUUUUAAAGACGGGAAAUUCACCGACACCAAGAAGCUGGAAACAGGAGGAGGGGGCAGUCGACGAUGGGCAGAUUUUAAAUUCGGAUGAUUGUAAAUAUGAAGCUAAGGAUCAAAGAAAGAGGGAGGAGACAAGAGGAACGGAGCAGGACGAGGAGGAAGAGGAGGACAAGGAGGAAGAGGAGGAAGAGGAGUCUGUGAUGAAGAUUAAGAGGCCUUCGUCGUUGUUAUUGAAAAAAGAGUCAGACGACGCCAACAAGAUCAACGCUCUCUCCAAACGCUACAGCGCGGUGGGAAGCCUGAAGAGCCGGUGGCAGGACUGGGCCUCAGAGCACACGGUCAACCAAAGACUCAACCCGUUCAGUGAAUACUUUGACUACAACUACUCCAUGUCCACGCGGCUGGUGCGGGGCCAAGAGGGCUACGGCAGGCCAAAGGAGGGCACCAAGACGGCGGAGCGAGCCAAACGCGCCGAGCAGCACAUCCACCGCGAGAUCGCCGACAUGUGUCUGAUCAUUCGGACGAUGGCGAAGCCCGACGGAGACGGAAAGACACGUGUGACGUUCGGAGAGUUGUUCGACAGAUACGUUCGCAUUUCGGACAAAGUUGUGGGGAUUCUGAUGCGAGCCAGGAAGCACGGGAAAGUGGCGUUCGAAGGAGAGAUGUUGUGGCAGGGAAGAGACGAUGGAGUUAUCAUUACUCUGCUUGUGUGA